AUGCCUUCCGCGGUCGAGGGCAUUUCGGUCCUCCAAGAAGGCUCACCCCACAGGUCGAGGAGGGCGUCCCUGAAGGUUCUGAAUCGAAAUAUCGGCCAGGUCGUGUUGGGAAACUUGCUCUUCGAUACUUGGUAUUAUUCGCCUUACCCUGACAGUAUCGUCCUGGGAGCCGACUGGCAGCACGCUGGGAAACACAUCGGUUUAGCAGCCGACCUCCGAAAUGGAGCUGCUCGCGGCUUGACGAACGGUGACCCAAUAUGUCGACGGCUAUAUGUCUGUCCUCGUUGUUUCCGCUACACGCCUAAUGAACAUGACUACCCGCAGCAUCUGCAACACCACCAAGAAAGGUGCAGCCGCGGCCUAGAGGCACAACCAGUCCCUGAUUCGGCGUUGAAGGUUUACGACUGGGGAGGUUAUGCGAUCUGGGAAAUCGAUGGAGAGAAAGAGAAGCUGUACUGUCAGAAUCUAUCACUGUUUGGCAAACUGUUUCUCGAGCAGAAGAGUGUCUUCUUCGACACAGGCGGGUUCAAGUAUUAUGUACUGACUCACACUCCAACUCCCCCAUCGCCGCCAGCGACAAAAGGCCGAGGAGUAAAACGAAGCUCAUCUGUGUUUGCAGACGACAUAUUGUAUGACUCCCAUGUGCUCGGAUUCUUCUCAAAGGAGAAUUUGUCCUGGGACUCAAAUAAUCUGGCAUGCAUUCUCAUCUUUCCCCCUUUCCAACAUCGACAACUUGGUCAAUUGCUGAUGGCAGUUUCCUACAAGUUGAGUGGAUGGGAAUGGGAAGGAGGUGUGAUAGGUGGCCCUGAGAAGCCUCUCAGUGCCAUGGGUCGCAGGAGCUACCUGAGAUUCUGGUCCGAGCGUAUUGCUCGGUUUAUGAUGGGCCAAACCGCGGAUGCCGACGCGAACCGGGUUUUCCACAAAGCUAGAAAGAAGACCAUCCAUCCGAGAAAGGAGGAAAUGACAGUUAAGGAAAUUGGUGAUCGAACAGGGAUGCUUGGGGAAGACGUCGCGGCUGCGCUGGGGGAAAUGGGACUCUGCCAAUCGAUGACCUCCAAACGCAAGAAACGGACGUCUACUGAAUUGAACGGGGCCGCAAGUCACGGUGACCACAACUCGAGUAAUUGGUCUACAAUGAUCAUCCAGCGAUCCAAAAUAGUGGAAUGGGCUGAGAAAAAUGGAGUGGACUUGACAAGCCCGGUGCCGGAACAAGGAUUUCGGGGCGAGUGGGCACUGAGUGACUUGGACAAUUCGGGCAACAGCGGCCUGACCACCGACGACGAGGAUGACAAUGACAAUAGUGACACAUGA